AAGGAGAGGCGGUCGAGAAGGUACGUACAUGUACCGCAAGCCUGACGGCCGGGCCGGGAAAACUUUGAUACGACACCAUAAAAUUUCCGACGAAAUCCCAUAACCAACUAUCACUUGAGCGUGCAAUUGGUCCCGCCCCCAGAGAUUUAUCUUUCUGCUAUGGUGAGGUGACACAGUCGGGCAAGAACGCUUACACUUGGCUGUGAUCACAAAUGCUAUGUCGCUCUACUAUGAGGCAGCUGACGUUCUGACUGCGCCGACUAAUGCAGGUGGCAGCUUGAAAUCGCGGGUCUUCAGCAAGAAGGGCCUCAAAUCACCGCCGGCGCAGGUCUAUGCGCUGGCAAUAGAGACGUGCAAGUGGAGCCCGAUUCUGAAAGAGGUCAUCGAGCAUGCUGAUAUACUGCGCCUCGAGCGGAAGUUGUCGCCGCUCCUCUCCCUUCUGCUGGUCCACGACCUUCUCUUGGCCAAACGCGGCAUUGCCCUCCCGGCGACCCAUGGCCUCCGAACUGCCAUCGAACGCCACAAGGCCAGGCUACAGGCGGAGUUGACAAAGGCAAGAAUUCGAAGGAAAUUGAGCUCCAUUGAGUCGCUAAAGGCCCACGUCGAAGCGGGCGGGGAGAAUGCUACCGAUAGUUCGGAGGCCCCAUACCCACGCUGGGUACGUGUUAAUACAUUGAAAACUACACUGGAGGAUCAACUCGAAACAACAUUCGCAGGAUACGAGCGGGCUGCUACUAUCGACGGUGUGCGUCGUCGAGACUCGAAACAGCUGUACAUUGAUGCGAAUAUACCUAAUUUGGUUGCUGUUUCCCCAUAUAAUGACCUCCAAAAGAGCGAGGCCUAUAAGUCUGGGUCUAUCAUAUUUCAAGACAAAGCGUCAUGCUUUCCCGCCUACCUCCUCGACCCUCUCCCUGAGGAUGGCGACAUAGUCGACACCUGCUCUGCACCGGGGAAUAAGACCACUCACAUUGCUGCCAUCCUUCUUGCUCAUAGUUCGGAGCCCGAAGAUUGUAAGCAGACGAUUCAUGCCUUUGAAAAAAACAAGGGCCGAGCAGAAACCCUGGAGAAGAUGGUCAAUUUGGCUGGUUCAAACGUAUGGACCAAAAUACAUCCAGGACAUGACUUUUUAAAGACAGACCCUAGUUCUCCUAUGUUCAGAAAUGUAGGGGCUCUGCUUUUAGAUCCCAGUUGUUCUGGGAGUGGUAUCGUCGGGAGGGACGAUAUGCCAGAGCUGCAUCUACCUUCCGUCGGACAGGGCACGGCUGCAGCAUCGAAAGGCUCAACGAAGGGCGCCAAGGCACCCGGUCACAGUAAGGAGACACGGAAACGGAAAAGAGAGGAAACUGAAGAAGAUCUUGUCAUGGUGGACGACGAUGGAAUGGUCACAGCAGUCGAUACCGGUGAUGAACUGAAGAGUAGACUCGCAGCGCUUGCCACCUUCCAGCUCGAACUGCUCCUCCAUGCCUUCAAGUUUCCUGCGGCGCGGAAGAUCACGUAUUCGACGUGCUCUGUCCACGCCGAGGAGAACGAGGGGGUCGUUAAAAGCGCCCUCUCCUCAAGCAUCGCGAAGGAGCGUGGUUGGCGCAUCCUCAAGCGCGAUGAGCAGGUCCGAGGGAUGAGAGAGUGGCCGGUCAGGGGAUCUCUGGAAGCGUGCGGUGAGGAUGCUCAGCUCGCGCAGGCGUGCAUACGAGCCAACAAGGGUGAUGCACAUGGAACUAUGGGCUUCUUCCUGGCGGGAUUUGUGCGUGACCCGAUGCCUGCGGCUGACGUUGAAGCACAAUUCCUGCGCGACGAGCGAGGGCACCUCGUGCGAGACGUGACGGGUGUGCCGGUGAGGGUGGGCGAGGAAAGGGUGGACGAGGAAGAAGAGUGGAAUGGAUUCUCCGAGGGGGAAGCGAACGAGGACGACGCGGGGACAUCACAGGAUCACGUGGACCCGCCGACAGAGGUGGGGGACGAUGGCAAGCGGCGGGUUGGGAAGCGACGAAGGAAGACGAAGCCAAGCGAGAGAUCGUGAAAUCUUAAUGGGACGGUACUCCGUAUCCAUGUACCUAUAGAAGCCGAUAGAGCACUCCGAACUCCGUACCAUUCUGGUCCGUAGGUGCGGAGUAGGCCAAGCCUCCAAAGGCAUUCCAGAUAAUUCCACCGAGAGGGCGAGAAGCGCUGUGACGAGCCUGGCGGCACAUGAUUGGCGGAGACAGGACGGAGCAUCGGUGCUCGGUAGCUUUACUCCUUGAUUGACUAGCCCAGAUAGGGAGGUCGGAAUCCGGCGACGCAAGAAGUCUAUAGCAGCC